CCCAAGCCCAAAACAAUCAGGAUUGCAUUUACCACAUAUAUCAGUACGUGUAUUUGGUGAGGACGUGGGAAUGGAGGCGGUUUAUACUCAAGGCAUUUGGAUCGCAGAAACUCUUCAACAGAGGGCAGGGAGUCAGGAAAAAUUCUGGCUGGUUGUCACUCACAUUGGAGAUCCUAAAGCAGCUUUUCUGCUCGUCUUUCCUUUCACCUAUUUCAUCAAUAAGCGGGCUGGAGUGGCCGUCCUUUGGGUAGCAGCUAUAUCGGAGUGGUUAAACUUGGUGUUUAAAUGGAUGUUGUUUGGAGAAAGGCCAUUCUGGUGGAUAGGUGAAUCACGUCUAUUUGCCAACAAGCAACCCAUAGUUCACCAGUUUGCCUCUACCUGUGAAACUGGGCCAGGCAGUCCGUCGGGACAUGCGAUGGUAACAGCAGCGGUCUGGUGGGUCGUGGUGUCCUCACUGGGGUCAUUUUUGUACUCCCGUACUCACAGUGUAGUGUUAUCAGCUGCUCCUUACCUGCUUUAUGUGUUGAUGCUGGUAGCAGUUGGAAUCUCCAGGAUCUUCAUCCUCGCCCACUUCCCUCACCAGGUCGUUGCUGGCUCCAUGACAGGUUUCAUUCUGGGGACUGUCCUGAGCCACAGAGUACCAGAAGGUCGCCCCCUGCUGUUCUUCUUUAGCUUCAGCAUUGGUCUGCUGCUCAGUGCUCUGAUGCUGCAUGCUGGAUUACAGCAUCUGGGAAUCGACCUCUCCUGGUCAAUUGCUCUAGCUAAGAAAUGGUGCAGCCGUGCCGAGUGGAUUCGUUUGGAUACAGCGCCAUUCUCCUCGCUGACUCGAGAUUGUGGGGCUCUUCUUGGUUUGGGGCUGGCCCAGUACUGGAAGCCAGGAGGAUGGUCUCUGCCUUGGGCUCCAAGGGCUUUAUCUCUGGCUCUUUCAUCCAUGGGACUAUACCAUGUGAAUCGCCUGCCGCUCCCAGUCCGACCACAAGGCCUCUUCUAUGGCCUCUUCUUUGUCAAAUUCGUAAUAGUACCUCAGAUUGUGAUGGUACUUGUACCUGGACUAGUUCACCUUUUCACACACAAAAAGAAGAAGGACUAGAAACUGUUUUCUCUCCAACAGAUGUCUUUCACACCUCUGAGGACUCAAGCUUUCUUCUGACAGAAUAGUUUCUGUAAACACUUUAAACAUCUGCUUAAUGUAUUUCAUCUGUUGUGGGUAAAGGCUGUAGUCACUCCACAUUGCUUUUUUUCCUCAUAGAAUUCAACUGGCAAUUGCCUUUUGUUAAGUCAGCAUCUUAAUGUUUUUUCUUUUGUACGUGGGCCUUAAACGAGGGGAAUGUAUAACAUUUUAAUUCACUGGUUAGGUUUAUUAGGUUUAUCAGAUGGAAAAAAAUGUGCCCUAAUGCAGAUCCGAGGACCAAAACAUCAGCAAAGCUACUGUGAAUAGUUGACACUGAGUCAGUGUCACUCGUGAUGUCAGUGUUGUAUUUAGAGUUUGUUCUGCUGCCACCGAGUGAACUAAAAAACAGUAACUGCAGUUGUAAACAUUGUAAGCUUUACAAAUAUUUUGUGCUUUUGCAAUGUCACGGUAUUGGAUCGCAUUAUAUUGUAUAAGCAUUUAUCAUUGUGUCGAUGCACUGGUUUUAUAUGUGGUUACAUGGAGCAAAAUCAUCCAAAAAGAAAUAAAUUACAUUUGUAUGUUAAAUGCACAUAAUGAGUAAAAUAAAUAACUGACAUGCAGGGCGUGUUUCAGUUGGUA